GCGGAAGUGACGCCGUUCCUGCCGGGAGCACUCGGAAAGGAUGGCGGAAACCCGGUCUGGCGGCCGGCGUCCUCGCCGUUCCCGGGAUGACGGGGAGUCUGGGGCCGCGACCCCGAACCUGCCGAGGGAUAUGUCUAACAUGUCAUUCGAGGAGCUGUUGGAAUUACAGAGCCAAGUGGGGACCAAGGCAUAUAAGCAGUUGGUCGCUACAGAUGGCACUAAGAAGCAGGACUCCAGACCACGUGUCCAAAAUGCAUGUGUUGCCGAUAAGCACAGGCCCCUGGAAAUGUCGGCCAAGGUCCGGGUGCCGUUUCUACGUCAAGUUGUACCAGUCAGCAAAAAGGUGGCCCGGGAUCCCCGCUUUGAUGAUCUUUCAGGAGAAUAUAAUCCCGAGGUGUUUGACAAGACGUAUGAGUUCUUGAACGACAUCCGAACUAAGGAGAAAGAGCUCGUGAGAAAGCAGUUGAAGAAGCACCGUUCUGGGGAGGAGCAUGAGAAGCUGCGGCAGCUGCUUCAGCGGAUGGAACAGCAGGAAAUGGCUCAGCAGGAGCGGAAGCGGCAACAGGAGCUGCGCCUGGCCCAGAAGCAGGAGCGGCGGGCGCAGGCCCAGCAGGGCCACCGGCCCUACUUCCUGAAGAGAUCUGAGCAGCGCCAGUUGGCCCUGGCUGAGAAAUUCCAGGAGCUGAAGCGCAGCAAGAAACUAGACAGCUUCUUGAGUCGCAAGAGGCGGCGGAACGCGGGCAAGGACAGGAGGCGUCUCCCUGUGAGCAAGGAGUAGCCCGGAGCUGUCUUAUAGGCAUGGCCAAAGCUCCUGGCAAAGGCCAGGGCUGCCCUUGAAAGGACUACACAGAGAAGUCCUGAGGGCGCUCGGUCUGCCCCAGGGCUGCCCCCAAGACAU